UGGAGACAACAUGGCGAUGUCAGUUUGCUGCAGAGCAGUGUAGUUUCUGCGGCUUUGUUUCCUGCUGAGUGAGCGAUUGUUGACAUUUGUCCACUUUGUCCCACGUUGUGAUUUGUAGAGAAAGUUACAGAGUGAAAGUUGUGGUGAAACAGGAGAGUUUCGUCCGGUUGUUGUCAGACACACACAGGUUGUUGGAGCACAGGUGCAGUGUGUGUCUCUCUGUGUGUGUCUGUGUGUGUGUCUGUGUGUGUGUCUGCAUCAUGUUCGUGCUGGUGGAGAUGAUCGACACCGUCAGGAUCCCUCCCUGGAACUUUCAGCGACAACUGAACGAGGCCAUCGACGAGGAGCUCAACAAGAAACUGGCCAACAAGGUCGUCUACAGCGUCGGUCUCUGCAUCUGCUUGUUCGACGUCAUCAAGCUGGAUGAUUCCUACAUCUUCCCUGGAGACGGAGCCUCACACACCAAAGUUCAGUUUAGGUAUGUGGUUUUUCACCCUUUCCUCGAUGAGAUCCUGGUGGGCAAGAUCAAGUACUGCAGUCAGGAGGGAGUUCACGUGACGAUGGGCUUCUUCGACGACAUCCUCAUUCCACCAGAGUCUCUUCAGCAGCCGGCCAAGUUCGAUGAAGCUGAGCAGGUUUGGCUUUGGGAGUACGAGACGGACGAGGGGGCCCACGACCUCUACAUGGACCAGGGAGAGGAGAUCCGCUUCCGUGUGACAGACGAGAUCUUCGUGGACACGUCGCCGACCGGCCCCUCGUCAGCGGAGCCGGAAUGCCCGCCUCCACCAGGAGAGGCCGCGGCAGCUCCAGCAGAAGACGUGAAGAAAGAGGCUCCGUACACUCUGAUUGGAACCAUCUGUGAGCCGGGCCUGGGCCUCCUGUCGUGGUGGAACAAUUAGCACGGCAGAGGAAGGAGAGGACACCUGGUGUGUGUGUGAGAAAUGGACUCAUCUGAGAGACAAGGGACAUUCAGCUGGAGACACAGAACUCUUGUCUGUCAGGAGACAUGAAGUGGAGGUGCUCCGAGCCGAGAUGCACCUGCACCGGGACCGUCAUACCGAGACUGUUUAGUAAAUACUGAGCUUCACGUUCAACUCUGAAACUGUUCAGUUGGUAUAAUUCACAUGAGGUUCUUACCCUGAAGUCAAAAGAAAGCAAGAACUGAUUUAAUAAUGACAUGAUGACUUAAAUGUGACCAACAUACACAGAUCACCAAAUCUCACUCUAAGCUCAGUGGAUUGAGCUCAAUACUCAGUGUCCACUCUGCUGCGGACACGUCUGGCGUCCACACGCUGGAGUUUUAGAGCCGAUGAGCUGUUAUUAGUUAAUUUCCUGUUUACGUGAUUAUCUACGCUCUGAAGCUCCAGUGUGGACGGGGAUUGAAGCUGAUAUGAGAUAAAACACUUGUGUGGACAAUUAUAGUUUAGAAAUGAGAGAAAUCAUGCAGUGACAUGUUUGUUGAUAUGAAAUGAUUUGAUAGAUGUAUGUGGCAUUUGAAUUUCAAAAUCAAGAUAACAGGACACAGUAAUAUGUUUUUUUUUAUGCAAUAUGGGUUUCAUGUUUUGUUCUUCACAUGUUGAUCAGCUUUGUAAUAUUUAGAGUUUGUCUUUUCAUCCCUCAGUAAAAGAGACGUGUCAUCAGCGUGA